UUAAUUUUGGUUGUGGCCAGGAUUUCAUCUUAUUGUUCCAUAACUGGACAAGCUGGGUAUCGAGAAUCAAGAGCAGAAGAUUGGGUUGUGAAAGGCAAUAAAAAAAAAGUCAUGGUGAGCCCAAUAGUUGGAAUGGGGAGCAAUGAUUUAAGUCCACUGUGGUUGAAGCCGAUGUUGAAUGCCAAUUACUUCAUUGCCUAUAGAAUCCAAGGCGAUUCUUACAAGAUCGAAUGCAAUAUUUAUUGCUUGGAUUGCAUGGGAAAUGCCCUUUGUUCUUACUGUUUGAUCAAUCAUAAAGACCAUCGUGUUGUUCAGAUACGGAGGUCUUUUUACCACAAAGUGAUAAGGGUUAAUGAGGUUCAGAAAUACAUAGACAUAUCAGCCAUUCAGACCUACAUUAUCAACAGUGCCAAAAUCGUUUUCCUCAACAAGCGGCCACAGCCAAUGCCCGGAAAGGGCGUUACCAAUACCUGUGAGAUUUGUCGCUGAAGCCUUCUGGACUCCUUCAGGUUUUGCUCACUGGGUUGCAAGGUCAUCUUCUAAUCCUCUGUAAUCAAUU